GUUGCCCUCGAGAUGACGUCACGCCCGCGCCGGAAGUUCUUCGUUCUGUUUUCAUGUCGCCCUUUUGUUGUGUUUAAAAACUUCUUAAAAAUGUCCAAAAAGCGGCCAGAGAGCGGCAGCCUGAGGGCCUGUGUGGAGCAGCAGCUGGCGGCCGCAGCCUCGGGGGUCCUCGGCCUGCUGGAGGAGCGCGGCCAGGCGGAGCUGGAGGAGCUGCGGGCGCUGCUGAUGAAGCGGAUCGCAGCGGCCGUGGACUCCAUCCUCACCGCGUUCGAAGCGAGCAGAGCGGCAGAAAGAGGGACUCUGGAGCCGGGAGAGAGGCGGAGAGGAGGCCGCGGAGAGCAGCCAGAAGAACUGUGUCUGUCUGUUGGUGUUAGGAAUCAGCCUUUCCAAAGACCAUCUGGUUCCACUUCCAGACUCGACCAGCAGGCGGCUUUUCCAGACGAUGAUACGGCAGCUGAGGAGGAAGAGGAUGAUGCAGUUGCAGCAGAAGAAACAUCUCCCAGCUGCAAAGUUUGUGGGAAAUCCUUUGACACAAAAGGCUUUUUGAUCAAACAUGUGGAGAAACAUGCCAAGGAAGAGGCGAGUCGGUGCGGUGUGUGUGGGGAACAUUUGGAGUCCAGCGCCGACCUGAAACGGCAUCUUCAGACGCAUCGCGACAGCUGCAGGACCUGCGACUUCUGCGGCAAAAAGUUCCCCUCGAUCCGAGCUAAGGAGACGCACGCGCGGCUGCACACCGGUGAGAAACCGUUCAGCUGCCGCCACUGUGGCAAAGGCUUCAGCCAGAAGGGCAACAUGAUGACUCACCUACAAACCCAUGUAGAAGAAAAGCUCUCUGAAGACUCCGUCCACAGCAUUUCACCAGAGCAAGACAUGAAGACCGACAGUGAACAGACGGCGUUCACCUGCAAAGUCUGUGGAGCAGACUUCCUAACGACCUCUGACCUCAGGAGACACGCUCGGAGCCACAACCAGCCGACCGACAAGAGCAAACGCAGAAAGCCGAGUCUGACUCCUUCUCAUUCCUGCAAGGUCUGUGGGAACGCUUUCCACAAUAAAGGGAACUUACUGCGACACACAGAGACACAUUUAAAUCACCCCGACCUCCUGUGUGGCGUCUGUGGAGAGCGGGCCGAGUCGUCCGAGAGCUUGCAGCUCCACAUCCAGAGUCACAGAGAAAUGAACAAGACCUGCGACAUCUGCGGAGACAACUUCAGGGACAUGGAGAUCCACAUGAGGACGCACUCCGGGCAAAAACCUUUCAGGUGUAAAGAUUGCUGCAAGGAUUUCCCCAGGAAGAGCUCCCUGGAGAGACACCUGAAGCUACACGCCGGCGAGAGGCCUUACAUCUGCGAGUUUUGCGGGAAGACUUUCAUCGAAAGCACCGUCCUCAAGCGGCACAUCAAGAGCCACACCGGCGGGAAGCCCCGGAUUUACACCUGCGAAACCUGUGACAAGAAGUUCACCAUGAGCCAACAUCUGGACGUGCACAAGAGGAUCCACACGGGGGAGAAGCCGUUCCCCUGCAAGGUCUGCGGUAAGACCUUCAGGCAGAUCGGCAACCUGGACUCCCACAUGAGGAUCCACACGGGCGAGAAGCCAUUUAUCUGCAGCCUCUGCGGGAAAACCUUCCGCCAGAAAAUCUCGCUGGAGACGCACGAGCGUUUCCACAAGAAGGACAAGGCGUUUGUCUGCCAGGUGUGCAGGAAGGGCUUCGUGCAGAAGAUCGACCUGAAGAGGCACAUGCUGACGCACACUGGUGAGAAACCCUUCAGCUGCCACGCCUGCGGAAAGAGCUACCAGGAGAAGCGCUCGCUGGAGUCGCACAUGAAGGUCCAUGCGGGGGAGCAGGCCGCCAAGGACCCAGUUGUGAUGUCACACAUAAAGCAGCAGGAGGCGGAGGUCCAACCUCAGUUCACUCAGCUGUGAUCUGCUGCUGUUUGUACAUAAACGACUCAGCUCCUUCCUGUCUGAUAUAGGAAAAAUGGCCCAAAACAGGAAGUCUGCUCUAACAUUAAGAGACAGAGCUUCCUGUUUCUGAUGCUUUCUGUAAAGGUCAGCUCCAUCCAGCUCACUGUCACUAAGUUAGAGUCUGAAAGCAGAAACUCUGAGUAAAAACACAUUUAUAACAGCUGAAUUUAAUCUUUUCUGGAUGUGAUCCCCGUUUCAAGGCAAACUAAUUAAUUAAUUAAUUAGUUUAUUUCUUCCGAUUAAUCAUUUCAGACCAAACUAGAACUGUCAUAGUUGUUUCAAAUAAUUUAAACCUGCUUUUAAAGAUUCACAAACUGUUUAGAAAAACUUUAAAACAUUCCUUUUCUAAUUUUCCUGAAGUUAUUUCAAUAUUCUGCAGAUCUUUAAUGCUCACUUUAUUCAAAGAUUUUAUGUUCGACUUUGUUUUUAGAUUAGUUGCAUCUAUUUGAAAAGUCCAAGUUCCAUGUUUUGUUCGUGUCAAUACACAGAAACCGCUAGCAGUAACGCUAACCACAAUUAUUGCUAAUAAAAAAUAUGAAAGGCAAUUUGAAAAAUACAUUUUAGGUAGUAUUUUUGUCUUUGUUUUAAAACCUCAAUCAAAGCCUGUUUGAUUGCAGAGCUGUGUAACUGUCUCUCUCACACAGUGUGAUGUCACCUCUCAUUCUGAUUUAAAAGGUUAAUGAUUAGUCACAGCAGAAAUGCUUUUUAUUGCUCCUGUUUAGUAAAUAAUUGUACAUUUCUGACAGCAAAUUGGAGCCAUUUCCACUCUUAUCACUGCUAUUAUUUAUUCUGAAUGAAUUUUGUACAAAAGUCCCCAGAAGGAGUUCAGUUCUGUGCUUUAAUGUGUGCAAAAAACAAAAGUGAGCUACAAAUAGCUAUUUUAAGGUGAUCUGCUGUACAUAUUUCACAUUUGGGUUUAAUUUGUACAAUUAACUUCGUUCCUGAACUUGGAGGAUUUAACUGGUUUUUAGAGUUUCUGUAAAGCAAAGAGCCGACUUGUGUCAUCUGCACUUUCAUAAUAAACAUUUUUUAUGGUAAUUUAUCCAGAAAUAGGGAAAAAAAGAUCAGAACAUUUUGAAUAGAAAACUAGCAAAAAUAACUACACUAUUCCUGUAAUAUUAAGUAACUCUUAGCUGUUGACUGGAGUUAUUUAUAAAUUAAUUGAAAGCUUUAUUAAAGCUGACAGAAUAAUUAUUGCUACUAAUUUUGUUGACAUCAAAACAUUAAAAAAUAAAUCCUGAAAACAAUUUUCAAAAUACAGAGAAAACUUUAGAUAUCACCUAAAGUGAUUAAUUUUUUAAUUAUAUUACUAUUGUAACUUCAUUAACAGUUAUUAUUACUUGACUCCAUUCCUAAAAAUACCCAAAAAGAACCGUUUCUCUUACAACAUAUGAUACAAACUAUUUUAACAUUUUUAUUUUUAUCUAUUUUAAUCUUAUUUAAUCUUUGUGCUUUAAAAAGCAUAUUUUAUACAAAUUUCAUAUUUCAAAAUUUAUUAUUUCCUGGACACAAAUUUAAAGAAUUUUUUAAAAUCAGUUUCUUUAAACAGUUUGGGCCUCAAACCAAAACAAUCAGCGGUGAAAAGAUCAAGACAAAAUAUUUUCUAGAGCUUAUAAAAAUCUCCUGAAUUGCUUAUUAUUGUACAGGAACCUUGUAAAAUAAUUUAAACUUGAUUCUUUUUUCCCCCUUUUUUGUUAUGAAAAGAAAUGAGGAUCAAAAACGUGACUAUUGCUCACUUAUAAACGUAUCUUUGCUAUAAACACAAUUUAAACUUGUAAAAUAGUUUAAUGCAUUAAAAUUGUUUUUGUGUUUUCCCUGCAUUGUUUUGACUGAGUAGUAGCUUUUAGUGUUUUUAUUUUUCUGCAAAUUUAAUGUAUUUUUCUCUUUUUGUUUGACUUUAAGAGGAAACUUUUAUUUUGCAGAACUUUUAUUUGAAGUUGUAUAAUGAUGUGGUGAUGCUGGAUUGUCUUUUAUCCUGAGUUACUUCUGCUAAAACUGUGUGAAAUUUCAAAAAAAUAAAAACGGUUUGGUAAAAUUUU